AUAGCAGCGCGCAGCCGGCCCGGAUUGGAGCAGCUUCAUCACGCCUGACCUCUGCCUGGGAUGUAAACCCCACGGGCCGCCACGGACACAGCAGAGCUCUCGGCACCUCCGGGGAAGCCAUCUCGGCCUCCUCAACCCCUCCAACCCCCCUCACCCCAUCCCGGGCUCCAGCCAAGGCCGGCCCCAGCCUCGACCUCGGCGGCCACCAGCGGCGGCGGUGAGGCGCUGAGCGAGCCCAGUCGCGGGCGGGGAGCGUGCGUCGCUUCGCACAGGCUGCGAGAGGAGGGGCGGCGCGAGUCAUGGCCGGGGACAGCGAGCAGACCCUGCAGAACCACCAGCAGCCCAACGGCGGCGAGCCCUUCCUGAUCGGCGUCAGCGGGGGCACGGCCAGCGGCAAGUCUUCCGUUUGUGCCAAGAUCGUGCAGCUCCUGGGGCAGAAUGAGGUGGAUUACCGCCAGAAGCAGGUGGUCAUCCUCAGCCAGGAUAGCUUCUAUCGAGUCCUCACUUCCGAGCAGAAGGCCAAAGCCCUAAAGGGCCAGUUCAACUUCGAUCACCCGGAUGCCUUUGACAACGAACUUAUCUUCAAAACACUGAAAGAAAUCACCGAAGGAAAAACAGUCCAGAUACCCGUGUAUGACUUCGUCACCCACUCGCGGAAAGAGGAGACGGUCACUAUCUACCCCGCGGACGUGGUGCUCUUUGAAGGGAUCCUGGCCUUCUACUCCCAGGAAGUCCGAGACCUGUUCCAGAUGAAACUCUUUGUGGACACAGAUGCGGACACUCGACUCUCUCGCAGAGUAUUGAGGGACAUCAGCGAAAGAGGGAGAGACCUUGAACAGAUUUUAUCUCAGUACAUUACGUUCGUGAAGCCCGCCUUUGAGGAAUUCUGCUUGCCAACAAAGAAAUAUGCCGACGUGAUCAUUCCUAGAGGUGCAGACAAUCUUGUGGCCAUCAACCUCAUCGUGCAGCACAUCCAGGACAUCCUCAAUGGAGGGCUCUCCAAGCGGCAGACCAACGGCUAUAUCAACGGCUACACCCCUUCACGCAAGAGGCAGGCCUCAGAAUCCAGCAGCCGGCCACAUUGACCCCGUGCCCUGACUCCAGAUCCCAGCCCCCAGCUCCAAGACACAGGAGGGUCGAGAGGCUUUGGUCAUCUGUACAUACGCCUCCUAUGAAAUUACUGUAUUUAAGAAAACACCACGGAGAUGAAUUGCCUUGAUUUUCUUUUUUUCCUUUUUUUUGUACUUUGGAACAGCAAAUCAAACAGAACUUGACCCUGAGCUUAAGUGACAAACUGUGCCAACUACUACUGGUGAUGCCUAAUUAUGAAUCCAACGUGUAACCAGUUAUAAAUACACACGUACAUACAUACAUAUA